CCUGAAGUAGAGAUACAGAGCUGUGGACUGGGUUAAACAUCUUCUAUUCAGCUGUUCAGCUACAGUGCAUCUGUGUAGCCGCUCUUGCAGACCCCAGCAACUGUACACGGGUGGCAGUCCUCAGGCCCCUAGCCUGCCCAUGCUCACAGCAGUCCUCAGCUGCUUCGUGUACAUUUAUACCAAAAUACAUAAAGAUGGUCAUGUGCCAGUAACGACCUUGGCUACCUCAGUUUUUUUUACACUGAGACCAAUAAGAUGUGCUUGCGCUAAAAUCUUGCUGAUUUGGAUUUAAAUGUCCACCAGAACUCACCCCCUAAAGCCUAAACCAGAGUGUAGCCAUCUUGUGCUUUGGCAUUGCCCUACAGAAGAUUGUCUUUUCUGUCUUUGGGCCUUGAGAACUAUCUCAGGGGCCUCAUUAAAUCAGAUCUCAUGGUCUCCAUCUGCAGCUUUCAGGUGAGCAGGCCUUGCCAGUGCCCUGAUUUGGGGUGGGUGUGGGAGGGUCUGAUUAGCAACAGGUGAACUUCAUGCAUUCUGCAGCAGUGUUUUUCUCCUGACUGGCAGUCAUACACUCACCAUCUCUGACCCAGCUGCCUGAGCUAUUUAUUCAGCACGUAUUUAUAAGACCUUGUGAAAUCCCCCCCCCCAUGGUGGUGGUUUUAUUGUUUAAUUUUAUUUUGAGAUGGGGUCACCCUUCACAAGUACCCGACUUGCUGCUUCUGGGGUGAUGGAGGGUCCUGACGAGGUCACUGGUUUCAGGACCUCCAGCCAACAUUGCCACCUGCCCUCCCCCCCUUUCUGGAAAAGGCCCCAGCCUGUAUUUUCAUUAUUGAGGAAGCACAGAUUUAUCUAAACUUGAGCAUCUCUAACGGAGCCCGUUUUCUCACCCCAAAAUUAAGACUGGCAGAGUGGUUCUCAGAGUUUGACGAUAUCACACAGCGAAGCCAAAAGGCCCGCUGCUUCGAUGCCGCUGCAGGUGCUCGCGGCUUCCGUAUCCACGCUGCGCCUGCGCGAGCACCACGUGGGCGUCAACCGCCGGUAACCGCUCAGCGGGGCGCGGCGCGUGGGCCGAGGACCAGGCUCAGAGGCGCGCUUGGUUCGUCCCUCGCGCGCGCCGGACCUCUGAAGGCCAGGGACUUGCCUGCCUUCAGACGGACCUGUCCAGGGGGCAGUUACCUCCCCGCUGUUGCCUUCUGGGAGGCCCGGCCCCAGGACCUUGAGGCGGGCGCUCCAGGACGACGGAGACCUUCAGGCGGGCGCUCCAGGACGACUGAGGGCAGAGACGGCGGCCGCCGCGAGCGCAGGAUGUUGGAGGUCCUGGUGCUGAAGGUUGAAGAUCCAGAUUGCUUCUGGGUUGUUAUAAAAGGAUAUAGUCCCUUUUUAGAUCAUGAAGUCGACUAUCAAAAACUAAAUAGUGCCAUGAAUGACUUCUAUAACAGCAGGCAUCAAAAUACUGAAGUAAAACCGUUGAUUUUGGAAGAAGGCCAGGUUUGUGUGGUCUAUUGUCAAGAGCUAAAGUCCUGGUGCAGGGCUGUUAUUAAAUCAAUCGUACCUUCAGCAGACCAUUACCUGGCCAAGUGCUUUCUUGUGGAUUUUGCCAAGUAUAUUCCAGUAAAAUCUAAGAACAUCCGCGUUGCAGUAGAAUCUUUUAUGCAGCUUCCCUAUAGGGCGAAAAAAUUCAGACUCCAUUGCACAAAACCUGUUACACUGCACAUUGACUUCUGUGAAGACAAUGCUGAAAUUGUACCUGCAAAGCAAUGGGACAGUGCUGCAGUCCAGUACUUUCAGAAUGUCCUGAAAGCAACUACCCAGGUGCAAGCCAAAUUAUGUGCUGUGGAAGGUGAUGCUUUUGAGGUUUACCUUUAUGUAACAAUAAAAAAUGUAAAAGUUUGUGUUAAUGAUGAUCUAGUUGCAAAGAACUUUGCCUGUUAUGUAUCACCCACAAAGAACGAACACCUUGCCGUAGAGAAAGCAAGAUUCAGUAUAAAGUCAGAAUCUUUUUCCAGCAAACUUAAUCCAGCACUUACUCUUUGGCCAAUGCUUUUGCAAAGAAAAGAUUUUCAAGAAACAAAAAAUUCACAUGGUUUCAAUUUUCUGGCACAGUCUGUCCAGCACACAUGGUGCAAGGGUGUUGUUGGUGACCUUGGGCCAGCUGCUGCAGUACUGGAUAAAGAUGUAAAAUGGAAUAUGGAUUCAGUGAGAGACUCAUCUAAAAAAAAAUCUGAGCAGCAGCAGUGUGUCUCUUUAAAAGAUGUAAAUAAGUGUGUUGAAUCUUCAGUUUACUGGCCAAUAAAAAGAGGCAUAACCAUAUAUGCUGAUCCAGAUGUAUCUGCAGCAAGUGCUUUAAGUCAGAAGCCAAAUGAGAAACCACUAAGAUUAGCUGAGAAGAAAGAAUGUGAUGAGAAGAAUAGCUGUGUAAAAUUACUGCAGUUUUUAAACCCUGAUCCUUUGAGAGCUGGUGGAAUCUCUGAUCUGCAGCAGGUAUUACAAGUCCUACAAAAAUUGCAGAAGCUGAAGUCAGGCAUGCAGCAGCCUGUCAUGGUCCUCCGGAACAAGAUUGAACCCUGCCUGACCAUUGAUAGUUCACCAUUGUCUGAAGACCUGAAAAAGACUCUUCAGAGAAAGAAGUUCCCAGGACCGAGCCACACUGAAUCUUACUCUUGGCCUCCCAUAGCACGUGGUUGUGAUGUGGUUGUCAUCUCUCACUGUGGAAAUGACCCUUUGUUGUACCUCCCACCAUUGCUUACCAUGUUACAAAUGGGGGGCUGCUACAAGUCAUUACCAAGUAGAAACGGACCUCUUGUAAUAAUCGUGUGCCCUGGGUGGAAAAAGGCCCAAUUAACUUUUGAAUUGUUGGGAGACUACAGCAUGACCUCCAGGCCUCUUCAUCCUAUGUUCUUAACAAUUGGACUUCACAAAGAUGAAGCCAAAAACAUGAAGCUUCCAAGGGGGUGUGAUGUGAUAGUCACAACACCACAUAGCCUCCUGAGACUUCUUGCAUACCAGAGCUUGUUAUUUCUUAGACUCUGUCACCUGGUUUUGGAUGAGGUGGAAAUACUAUUUUCUGAAGCUAAUGAACAAGUGUUUGCUAUCUUAGAUAACUUUAAGAAAAAUGUGAAAAUGGAAGAAAGGGAGAGUGCACCACGUCAGAUCAUUGCAGUUGGCGUUCACUGGAACAGACAUAUAGAGCACCUGAUGAGAGAGUUCAUGAGUGAUCCCUACGUUGUGAUCACAGCCCCAGAGGAGGCUGCUCUCUACGGGAACGUCCAGCAGGUGGUACAUCUUUGCCUAGAAUGUGAAAAAACCUCUACUUUACUCCAGGUUCUUGAUUUCAUUCCAAGUCGGGCACAAAAGACCUUGAUCUUCACCUGCUCUGUAGCUGAAACAGAAAUAGUGUCUAAGGUGGUAGAAAGCAAUUCAAUAUUUUGCUUGAAAAUGCAUAAAGAAAUGGCUUUUGACUUAAAAAGUGUUUUAGAACAGUGGAAGAAGUUAAAUUCUGGCUCUGACAUUGUAUUAGCUUUAACUGAUGACUGCAUACCACUCCUGGCCAUCACCGAUGCCACACGUGUGAUUCACUUCAGCUUCCCUUCUUCGCCAAAAUUUUUUGGUGGACGCCUGUAUUGCAUGUCUGAUCACUUUGAGAGUUUAACUGAACAGGGUUCUCCUGCAGAGCAGGGAGAUAAAAAACCCAAGUCUGUCUUGUUGCUGACGGAGAAAAAUGCGGGCCAGGCAGUUGGUGUCCUGCGCUACUUGGAGCGAGCAGAUGCCAAAAUCCCAUUGGAGCUAUAUGAGUUUACUGCUGGAGUUCUGGAAGCCAAAGAAGAUAAGAAGGCCAGACGAUCUCUUUGUCCAUAUCUUAAAGCUUUUGGCUUUUGCAAAGACAAAAGGAUCUGCCCUGACCGACACCAUAUUAAUCCGGAAAUGGAUAUGCCAAGGAAAUUAUCCAACCAAGCUCUACCAGCGUUUGGAUAUAUUAAAAUAAUACCUUGUUAUAUUUCAAAUGCAACAAAUUAUUUUGGUCGCAUAAUUGAUAAACAUGUGGAUCUUUAUGCAACUCUUAAUGCUGAAAUGAAUGAGUAUUUUAAAGAUUCUAGUCAUAAAACAACUGUUGAGAAGCUAAAGAAAUUUGGAUUGUAUGGAUUAGAAGAAAAAACAUCUUUUCACAGGGUCCAGGUGUUAGAGAUGACCCAAAAAGAAGAUUCUUGGGCCCCAAGCAGUGUCCUGGUGAAGUUCAUAGAUGAAGGCAGGACAGGGCUUGUUGCCCCAGACCAGCUGUUGGAUCUCCCUGAGAACUUCAGUGCUCUUCCCCCUCAGGCUGUGGAGUUUAUUGUCUGCAGAGUGAAACCUACUGAUGGGGAGAUGGAAUGGAAUCCAAAGGUUACUAGGUACAUUCAUCAUAAAAUUGUUGGAAAAUUACAUGAUGCAAAAGUGGUAUUGGCUUUGGGAAAUACAGUUUGGAUUGAUUCAAUGGUACAUGUUACAAAACUUGUGAAUUUGAGAACUUCUGUUGUUGAUUAUAAUGUGAGAGCUGAAAUUUUGUCCAUGGGAAUGGGCAUUGAUAAUUCAGAACAUGUAGAAGAACUAAAAAAAUUAUACAAAGAAGCUAAAAUGCCAACUUCUGAAGAAGACCUAAACCAAACCCUGACGCCUCCCUCGGCAUCUCCCUCAUCUCCUUCAGUGUCAGCAGAAGAUACCACUUGUCUGCUGGAAGUGCACCAAGAGGACUGUGGCACAGAAAGAGAGACUGGGUCUGAGACAAAGUCAGAAAACUCAACAUCUGAAACUUUAUCUGAAAACCCUGGAGAUAUUCCCAUUAGCAGAACAUCGCAACCACCGCUGAAAAGCUUUCACCCACAAAUAAAGUGGUUCCAAAAGGAUGAUGUUGUCGUCCUAAAGAUAAGAUUAAGGAGUAUAAAGGAUUAUAAAUGUAAAUACUAUCAAGAUAGAGUUGUCUUCAGUGCCUGGGUGGGAGAUAAAUUUUACUUGGCUGACAUGGAGCUUCAGGCCAACAUCAUAAAAGAAGACUGCAAGUGCAUAAUUAUAAACGAUGAGCCUGUAGUCACUCUUGCAAAAGAGAAAAGGGGAUCCUGGUGCCGCUUACUCCAACAGAAGAAUCCUAAUGUGACUUUUGACUUUGACCACUGGGAAGAACAUGAUGAAGACAGAGAGGAGGGCCUCUUCCCGAAGGUUGUAAGGUCUAAAGACCUGUCCCGCAAAGUGGCCGAGAUGGUUGAAGACAGCGACAGCUAUACAGAUGAUGAGGACGACGGAAGUGAGAGUGAAUGAGAACGUGCACUGAGCCUUGAAGAGCAGCCUGAGGCCUCUGAACACAAGUGGACAUGGGCGAGUGACUGGGAGCUGAGAAAACAAGCUUCACAGCCAAGGCUUUCCCCCGAAGGCUAAGGCUCUACUAAGGUCGCUUUGUGGCACUGGGAUGAGUAAUGGUGAGAAACUCUUAGUCCACCUAAAAAUAGGUUAAGAAGAAGACGAUGACUGUCAAAGGUGGGUCGAGGUGGGGUCUGCACUGAGAGAAGCGAAGAGCGCAGGUCUGGCGCAAGCCCAGGCUGUGCUGUGUGUGUCCCCCCCACCGGCCCCUCACACCCAUCCUGACAUGCUCAGGUUUGCUCUGUCACAGUGGCAGAGAGCAAACUGGCACUUGGGCCUGGAGUCCGCCCACACGUCUUUGUCAUGUAGACCCGCAUUUGUGUUUGGUACAUUGUUCACAGCUUAUCGUGUGCAGGUAAAUGGAGGCUUCCGUCUUCCCAGUUCAUACUCGGUAACUGCCUCACAGACCCCUUCAAACAUCAGUCAGUUGGGAUUCCCCAUAACAGAGUAGAAGCAGUAACACUUCUACUGUUCUCAAGGCACUGAUAGUUACUGAGAGAAUUCUGUGCACAUCUUUUCCCAAGGACAAUGUGCCAUGACCUCCACGAGGCCAGCAAGACCCAGGCUUUCUAGAGGUGAAGCUGUGGGUUCCAGGUAGCGUGCUGGACUUGCAAAGGGACCUUUUAGAGCUUUCAGUGAUACAGACAGCCCUGUGCAGCAGGUGUGCCAUAGUUUCCAUUCCACUAGACUGAGGGGUAACCCUUGGCAACUGAAUGGGAACCUGUGCAGUGCCUGGAGGUAACCUUCAAACACCUGGGGGAGGUGAGCACACCUGGUAAGAUUGUAGCAGCUGGGAUCAGGAGAGUUCUUGGGAAAGUGUACAUCGUCCUUGCACUUCAUUUGGGAAUAUGCAGGGCGGACCUUUCAUCAUUAGAUUCCUUCAUUGAUUGAAAAAGUUGGAAAGCUGGGAAAGUGAAAACCUUAUGCACUUGAGGCUGAGGCAAGAGGAUCACGAGUUUAAGGCUGGCCUGUGCAACUUAGCAAGACUUCAUGUCAAAAAGGGCUAGAGAUGUAGUAUGGUGCCCCUGGGCUCAACCCCCAGUAUGCCUAACCACUCUCUGCACUUCCUCAACAUCAGUCAGUUUUCCCUAGAUGUGGAAAAGAACACUAGCAAAACAUGACUGGUGGGCGCCCACCCCAAGACCUCUCUUCUCUUUGUCACAUCACAAAGCGUGGAUGCUCAGGCUCCUGUACAUCCCAAGUAUGAGCCACUGUUCGAACUGAGGGAAACUCAGGACACUAUCUCAUGAGCAGGACUGGGGCCAGCUCUGGCUCUGUUUCUUCAUCUGGGAAAUAAGAUACUGAGCUCAUGCACAGCCUCUCUUCUCCGCAGGCAGUGCCCAAAGUGCUGCUGUGCAGGGACCGCAUCUGUGUCUGUGCGGGGACUCUGUGACAGGUGUCAGGCAGACCCCUGCCCUCCAGGUGAAGGAUGUGGCCCAGCCUGGCCAGGAGUGCAUCCUUGCUCCCCUGUGACUGACAGGCUGACUGGCAGGUAGCAGCGUGGGACGCAAAGUUGGGUGGCUCCUGAGGCAGCAGAGAAUGCUGGAGUUUGCUGGAAAGGUUCCACUCAGAGCUCAUCCUUGUCAGUGGUCACUGUGACGGUAUGAAGCUGGGGCAAUAGUGUGGCUUCCUGUCCUGAGGGCCCUGGCUUGCUGUGGUUUGCUGGCUUGCUGUGUUGAGUCCCUUAGGCGUGGCAGUGGCUGGUCCUGGAGUGCUCAUGCCUGCUCCCAGUACAGACAGCAGUAGUGCCUUCCUGGCAGAAGACACAGUGCCGAUUCUUUAGUCCAUUGACAGACACUGGAAACUCUGGGGCAGGAGGGCUGGGGAUUUAAACCUCAGCUUCUUUUGCAGACACUCAAAUGUUCUAAUAUUUAAAGCUCUGAAUAGCAUUUUGUAGGACAUAGAAUGUUGACUAUGUAAAAAGUUAGUAAUUGGUUUUCUGUACUGCUGUUAAAAUACAGGGGUUGCAUGUCUCGGUAAAUUUCUGAAGUGCAAGGUAAAAGUGCAGGGCUUAUGCUUCUAAAAUUGCUCACAUACUCUAUUGUGAUGUGAAUGGCUCUUGCAGCAUAUCUUUAAUAAAAUUUCAGUGUUCUCACAGAAA